AUGAUUCAUCCCUAUGCCCUUCUUCUUAGCGGGCUGCUCACCUCUUCAGCGGCGUUGGGCGGCCACCUCCCUGCCGCCGUGCUGCUCAUGUAUAUGAUGCUGUUGCGCAACGCAAAAGGUGCGACCUCGUCGGUGGUUCUUCUGCUAGCUUUUCUCUUUGCACUAUUGCAGCUGCUCUCCACGCUCAUCGUGAAUCUAGUCACUGCCUUCUCCCCCGGGACGUGGAAAGUGCUCUUUGGCGAUCACCGUGUCUUGGUCGAGUCUUUUGGCGUCUACGAGGCAGGGCCGGGCGCCAAGGCAUGGAUUGUUGCAGGAGCCUGCAUCCCCUCCGGGCUCACUGCUGCGUACAUUAUUCUCUUCCGACGAAAACUGUCACGCCGCGUCUGCUUGGGGCAUACGCGCCCGCUGCUAACAACGAUGGCUUGGGCCUUCAUGAGCGUUGUGACAGCAUUGAUCGCCCCGACCGUCUUGGCUGGGGCGCUCUUGUUGAUUGGCAUGGCUUCCUUCUCGUGUGUGUCGCUGGGGGCAAGCACACUUGUAUUCGGAGCGGUGCCUUCUCGGCAUGGUCGCUUUUCGCUCCUCGUUCUGCAUGUCUGCUCCGUGUGUGGGACCUUUGCGAGUUGCAUCAUUUUGGUGGCCUCAUGUGUUGCACAGAAUAGCGCCGUUGCCUACGUCCUGGGCGAGGUCGACCCCAUGUACGGUUUGACGAAGUUGUAUCAUCAGCCCGUGGACAUCGCCGUCCGUCGCUUUGUACAGCUCUGUCUCAUGAUGAUUACACUUUUUCUCGCCCAAAUGGCGGUGGAGUGUCAUGGAAGGGAGGUGCAGCAACAAAAUGUGCGUGAGCCGCUUCUGCGUGAGGAGGCCUCGAGAAACGUGCCUCGCGUGAGUGAAGGAGUUCGGAGUGCGACACCCGUGGCGGUAGUUUUUAACCGUGUCGACAAUGCCGAUGCUGGGGCUGCUCCUUCUCCUCGGCAGCAACGUUGCUCGCUUGCAGUGGAUACACCGCACGGGCGUUCCCAAACAGGGCGUUCAUCUCUCUGCAGCAAUGCUGUUGUCGGCGUGAGCCUCAUCGAACGGGUUGUGCUCGUUUUUGGUCAUGCUGGCACGUGGAUGCUGCGGAAGCUGCUUGCCAGUUCCCGCCUCGUGCCGCUGGCGCUCAUGGCUGCCAACAUGAUUACCUUCCCCACCGUAGUCUCAUUGGGUUUGUUGCCGACGAUGAUGCUGGGACAGAUUUUGCACGCUCAGUCCUUUGCGGCGCUUUUGCGGCCAACGCUGCUGCUCGCUUUUUUCCUCGUCAAUGCCCAGUACGUUGUUUUUGCCACUGAUACGGCCCAGCCAGACAUCGUACGGCGCCUCUUCUUGAGCGACAAGGGGCGGUGGCUUGGUUUGGCGCAGCUGAUCGCCAACGAGACUGUCUUUCUUGCGAUGCUUGCGGCCUAUGUAGUUAUUCGCCACCACGCCCGCCUUGUCCAGCUGGAGGAAAAUGAAUUGGGGGACGACAACGACGACGACGCCGCCGUGCCGCCAGCGCCGCGGCCACGGUCAUUAUCUCCGGGGCUGCCUUCACGUACGCCUCGGGAGUCUGCGACGACGUCGAGAGGGAGUGAAAAUAGUAAUCACUGCGUCAACGAAGAGGCUCCUUUGGACUUUCUGGGGGUACGGCGAGUCGCGGAACUCAAGUUGGGGGCUCAGCGUGUGGCGGAGCUGCUUACGUAUCUUCCUUCUGACCCACUUGAAGGCUCCGAGGCAUUUGCGAAGCUCUUUGCUUCUCUGGUUGGGCGGCGACCCACCGCUGAGGAGGAUAGAUGCCUUUGCAAGGAUGGGAUUGGCGACGCCCUCUUGCUUGAGAAGCUGCAUGAUUCACAGCGUCCUCUGCUAUCUUAUUAUGUUCUUUGGACAGGUGUGUUGUUGAUGCGUCACGCCGUUCUCAUUGCGCUGUGCCUUCUCUUCCUCGUGGGUUCCUUUGCGUACCACAUGGACCUUCUACACGCGGUUGUGUUACUGCUGUUUAUCCUCUACUUCCUCCUUCCAGAGACUACUGACAAUGCGUGGAUGCUUGUGGUGGUAUAUCUGAUGUGCUUGACGUCGUUUGAGCUCAUAUUUACCUUUGUGAGUGGGUUCGUUACACUUCCCACAUACGUUGCGGGCACUCCGUUGCAGUACGCCACAAUUGGGUUGGUUCCACUGCGUUCUCGCUACGAGGCUGUUCCGUAUGUACUGGCUGUUUUUGUUCUGACGUUUUUGUUCUUGCGGCUCCGUGUGUGCCGCUCAUGGGGGACCGCUGUGUCACUGCACGAGUGGGACCGCUUCUGCCGCUCCAACGUCGCCCGGAAAUGGUCCAGGCGGGCCACGAUGACGGUGGCCACGACGGUGUUCGUGGCAUUAGGCGUGUUUCUGCAUUACUCUCUUAUCGUGGAGGGGUUUCUUGCGCUCUUUCUCCUUCUCACCAUAUCCGCAGCCGCGCUUGCCCUAUCAAACACGCUGUUUAGGGCGUUGUGGUGUGUGGCGUGCGUCUACGGCGGCGUUGUGGUGGCGGUCACCUCCGUCUGCCAGUUUACACAGUUGGCGGGGGUGCUGCGGGAGUAUGUCUUCCAGCGCCUCUGCCCUGGCGACGACGGCAGCAGCAACGCCAACGCUGUUAGGCACUGUGAGCAGGAGAUUGGGUUGUACCCGGCGCGUGAGGACAUGCCGCUCACCUUUUUCCUCGCCCCGUGGUUCCUUGCCUUUGCCACGGCGAUGACGCACUUCGCCCUGGACCGCGAGAGCGAGGCACCGCCCACACGACCCGAGCACGAUGAGGAAGCGGGCAGGGGCGUGGACGCGACGCAGCAGCAGGAAGAGCAACCCGAAGACCAAACUGACGGUGGGCAGAGGUUUGUGCAUCCGGACGGCGCAUCUUUGCCUUCGUUGGUUAGUGACGAUCAGCGCUUUAUUCGGCACUCCCUGCGGCUGCUCGCGGCGAUGGACACCGUUGGCGAGUGGGUCGCCGCCUUUGGCGCAGAUUACGGUGGAGUGCUGGGGUGGGUGUCGCUUUUCCUGCUCGCCACGUCUCGGUUCACGGUGAUAGACUCCGUCUACGUGGUGUUCUUUCUCCUUGACUUCACCCACAUCUCCGUGUUGGUUUAUUGCGUGCUGCACAUCCUUGCACUCUACACCUACAAGUUUUCCUUUGUCGCUGAGAUUACCUACAGCUUUCGUGGUGUGCCGCUCGCUGCAUUUAUUGGUUUGGAGAAGGGUGGUGGGGACUCGCCCCUUGAGCUUGUGCUUGGCCCGGUGUUAGUUUUUUUCGUCAUGCUGCUGUGCAUUCAUACACGUGGGGCCAACAAGGACAUCCGACGUCGUCAGCGCACGGAGGGUCCGGAAAGCAGCAGCUGGAAGAGUGUCCUAUGCACGCAACUAUUUUUCUACGCCGGCUACGAGGGACUGGUGUUGACGCUGCUUAUUCUCCUUGCCUCUUCCAGCGAUUCUUGCAGUGGGGCCGUGGUGGGAUUGUUACUGCUGCCGCUAUUACUAUUGACGGGGCGGCAGCGACUAUAUCGGGCGUCUCCCUCCUUUUUCCUUCUGAUGCUGCUGCUUUCCCUCAUCCUCGUCUGGCAAUACGCACUUCUGCUAAAUGCCGCGCACAACGUGUUUCCCACGAUUGUGAAUUUUGCUGAAACAAACGACGCGAGUGACACCUGGCGGCGCUGGGUCUUUGCCUCACACUACCACACCCUCGUGGGGUGUUUUAUAGGCAUUAUGCUCCUCCACACAAAUCGCCAGCAGUCUGCAGACACGGCCGUGUCCUUCUCUGUGCUUCGCUCCCAGUUUAAUGGGCACACCACCUUGGUUGGGUUUGUGCGUGCGGCGUCUGUGAGGUCGCUGCAACGUCUACCACGUGACUCCUUUGACCGCGUCGUCCCUUGCUUUCUGGAGACUUCACCGCCAAGCCGUCUUGGAAGUGUGACGACACUUGUUGUCUAUGCCGUGUCGUAUCUGUGCCCCGUGGCCGUCUUUUCCUUUGCCGCGGGUGUGGCGUCACCGCCCUCCGUCGUGAAUCUCAUAUUGCUCAUUGCUGGGCUGUUGCAGCUGGGACAGAUGGAAAUGCUGCGUUGGUGCUUCUUCUCCCUCUGGCCGUUCAUUGCGGCGGCGUACUGGCUUCUCAUUUGCCUCCCCGUCGUCUGCAACGCACCGUACGUGCGGCAGUUUCUGGCGGAGCAUCGCAGUUUCAGUGAAGUUGUGGGCGUCAUGCAGGCAGGUGAGCCCUUCCUGCUGGGCCCGCUACAUGUCUUGCUUCUUUUCGUGGUGACGGUGCAAACACGUGUUUACAACGAAUUCCGCUAUACAAAGGUUCUGCGGCACCUCUACGACCGCACCUCUACGCGGCAUUCGCGGCACGAGGAGCUGUGGGCGUGGCUGCGGGCAAAGUACGGGGCGGAGCAACAGUUGGCGGACGCCAAAAGCCGAGCCCUUCGUGCGAAGCUGAAAGAGAUACGGAGCACCCUGUGCAGGGUCAACGGGGCGUGGGAGCCGGAGAAUAUUCCCCUCGAGAAGUGUACGGCCGAAGGGGUAACCGGCGAAACUGAAUUGCAGAAUGACGAGAUGACCAUGAUGGCGUUGCGUCCGCGUGCAGCAAACGAUGAUGCGGAGGAUAGCGACGCCGCCGUGCCGCGGCUGCAAAAGGACGAAGGAGCAUGCUCGUCGAAGGAGAUGGAGAAGAAGGAGGAGAAGGCAUUGACUGACGAAGACAUCAAGGACGCACAUUCAAUGCCCGACGGUGGUGGCGCACGCAAGCGGAGUCUAAGGACGCGUCUUCAACGCACCAUCUAUGCGAGCGCCACAAGAUUCGCCAAUUGGCUUGCACUGCGUACAUAUGACCCGCGCCGUCACACAGCCGCACGUUACCGGGGGCUCCACACCCGCCUGUUUUGGGUUGCUCUUCGAGCCUUGGAGCGGCAUACCGUGAUGGUAGUACUUCUUGUGACUAUGAUUAACUUUAUGCUUUCACGAUGUUUGUGGGAGUUGCUGCCUUUUUGCUUUAUACUUUUGGUGGCGAUCACCUACCACCCCUUUCCGCCACGCUCUAUUUUUGUAUGCCUCUUUUACUACGUGGCAUUUGGGAUACUCCUGAAGGAGCUGGUCGAGGUUGUGCUUGCGCACGUUUCCUACUCACCGUCGCUUCUCGAAUUUCUGAGGUGGACGAUUCUGCACGUGUCGGAGGGCGCCUAUUGGAAGCAACGGAUUGGGUACUCGUAUGUUAUGAUGGACUUUGUUGUUUUUGCGACGCUGCUGCUGCAUCAAAACACCUGUCUGGCGAACGGCGUCUACAGCCAAGAGGGCAUUUUGCGGUCGAGGGAGUGUGAGAACCCUCCAGAAGCCGCGCAAGGCGUCAGUGGGGGCAAUGAUCCUCCUGCCGCCACUGGGGCUGCUGCUUCUUUGGAUUUCUCGCCAGUUUCUUUUGCGGAUGCCGCGUCCGCGACGGAGCAACUGGCGGGGAAGCAGCAGCAGCAGCAGCAGCAGAAGGGGCGGCAGGUGGCCUCCCCACCGGAGGCUUCCGCCGGUGUCGGCCGCACACAGGGGGCGAUGGGAGUGCGCCAGAAAGUGUCUCUGCUCGUGUUUGGUUUCGUGCAAAAUGCCGUCACCACCCCUGGUGUUGGCAGAGACUGGUACAUCUACUCCUUAACCGUGGAUGCCGCCGCCUUGGUGGUGUUUGUGCUUGGCUACAACAAGUUAUCCGGCGGGGCGGAGGACACGCUCCAGGAGAGCCUCAGGCGGAACCUUCUCCCCGGACCCAUGGUGAUUGUGGUCCUCGUCUCCAUUCUGUACAUGAUUGCCGAUCGCAUGCUGUACGUUACACAGUGCAUGAAAGGGAAACUGCUCUUGAACACCAUGAGUGGCGUGGCCUACUGUCUCUGCUACCUAUUGUGGGGAAACCUCGUAGCGGUGCAGUCCCGCAUCGUGGGGAACUUGUACUUUACGCUGAAGAUCAUUGCCCUGACAAUUGCGGUGCUUCAGCUACGUGUUGGCUACCCGCGGCAUCGUCGACAUGACCCGUUUACAUGCACGGCCGGCCGCUCCUGGAUUAUGGGGUGCUUGUAUGCAUUGUACCGUGGAGUGCCGUUCCUUUGGGAAGUUCGAGUCGUGACGGACUGGACGGUGGAGAAGACGGCGUUAAGCCUUGACAGUUACCUCAAGAUUGAGGACCUCUACGACAUUGUCUUUGAGCGACAGUGCAGAAUACACGAGGCGCGUGAGCAGCAGCCUGUGCUGGGUACGCCCAUUUGCCGUUCCGCAAAGCUCAGUAUAGGCCUUCCGCGUCUCGCCUUGAUCCUACUAGCGCUGAUGGCCCCACUUGUGUACUACUCCACCUUUAACCCUGCAAUGGAGUCCAAUGCGGUGACGCAGCUGCGCGUGGGCCUCUCCUUCACGUCCUUGCAGCCUUUUUACGCGUCGACGACGUUUACCGCAGAGGCGAUUCCCAAGGAAUGGGCUCUGUGGUUGGCCCGCACACGUCCCUCGCUGGGGCAGGGGGGGAUCAUGAACACGAAAAAGACGUUGCAGCUAGUUACGCUAAGUUCCUGCAGCAAUGAUCUGUGGCCAAUCAGCCCGCAGGCAUUCCGGCGACUCAAUGAGCAGCUUGCCGCGGCGGUGAGUAACAAAACGACCGUGCAAAUGUAUCAUUCACUCGAGCUCACACGCAGUGGGACGGCGAAUCCCGUCUCCUACACACAAAGUUGGACCGUCUCCUCGACGACAGCUCAGGCGAUUCACUACAUGUUGAAUCAUCCCAUUGCACAUGGCACGAAUUCCGUUUUGCUGCAUAACUUUUACACUCCUUUUCUUUUUGUCCACCCCGACGGCUUUGCCGCGUUUGGCGAUGGAACUGGGAGAAAUUUCAUGGACUGUAGUAUUGUGCUCCGGCAGGAGGUGGAGCCGGCGCUAAACUACACAGUCCGUUACUGGUGUGUGAAGUGUCAAUCCCUCUUUACGGGCGGAAACGUCCCGAGUGCCAACCUCACACGCUUUCCAGAGUGGGACUGCCUCUCCACCGGAGAGGGAUGCAGCAGCUUUGACUUUGAGUUGCGGAACGGGGAUGACGGCUACAACCCGGUGUCUAUGUACUUUGUGAUUCUCUCCGACCCCUCUGUCGGCGGCGUGUCUUUUCUGCAGGGCAUCGGCAUCGUCGCUCUCUACACGACGUUUGUGCUCGCCCUGGGCCGGAUCUUCCGCGGAAUGUUUGCUGACAAGGCAAAGCACGCGGUGCUGACCGCCAUGGCGGACCCCACCCCAGUCGCCCAGCUGAUUGCGUACAUCGAGCUGGCGCGGGAGUGCGGCGACCUGCGGCUGGAGCAGUCGGUGUACUUCGAGCUGGUCGACCUGCUGCGAUCGCCCGAGCGGCUGCUGCAUCUGACGGGGUUCAACCGACGGCUGUACGACGCGGAGACGGAAGUUUCGCAGUCCCCGCGUCCCUCUGCGAGCGGCGCCCCCGCGGAGGAAACCGCCUCGCGCCACGAUGACACGCCACGGGCACCGGCGACGGGUGCCUCCACCGCCGGCGACGGCGCGCACGAGAAGCGGGAGUAA